AAACAGACGUGCUGCUACUCUAGUUCUAUAGGCGUUCACUUUCACUUUCACUUCACCGUCGCUCUUUUGAGCAGUCUCAAGUGUCUUGACUCUUUACCACUCGAGAGACCUUUAACUUGAAGCCUCGACUGGAAUAUCUUCCUUUUUCUUUUUCUGGGUUUAAGUUUUGUAUCUUUUGUGUUUCCUUUUCUGGGUUUGGAUAGGGUACACUGUUUCUGGUGUGGUAUCGGUGGAAAUCCUGUUCUCUCUGUUGGGUUAGGCUUUUCUUGAGAGUGAACCUGGAGGGUUCAUCUUCAAUCCAUUACUUGUUCAAGUUGUCGAUGAUUGAGGAUUUUAGGAUUGCUUGAUAUUCCCCCUCGACGCCCUGUUAAGAGUUUCGUUGCAAGUGACCACGCCCCCAGCUCCCAGCUUCAAACUCUUUGAAACCAAAAUCCGCCAUGGAAAGCACUUCUGACAGUCACCUCGUUGAGACUCGGAGGGUCGUCGAGGGACUCGUCAGCCGGAUGGAUGAGCGGUCGGUGAUUGAGCUACGGUUACAAAGCCAACCCAGCAGGGGAGAGGCUUGCAUCUUCCGGAGUGAUCGCGUCGCGAAGGGCCUGUGGCCCUGUCCUCGGAUUGUCUCCAUCGGGCCCUUGAGUGACUGCCUAAUCAAGACGGAGGAGCAAAAAUGGAGGUACCUCACUUCCUCGUUGAGCGAUAAUAAAUAUAUAGCCUUAGAGGACAUUGUCACCAGCAUACGCCCACUUGAAACGAAAGCCAGAAAGUGUUAUGAAUCUGAUGACUGGGAACACGACAUGGAAUCCGUUGAUUUCCUCCAAGGUUUGGUUCUUGACGGUUGUUUUAUAAUAGAAUUGUUUCUCAGGGUUAAUUCUUUGAAACAGUUCGAAGCCGACGACCCUCUUUCCAGGAUGUUAUGGACAUCUCCAGAUCUCUACGGGGAUCUUCUUCUGCUCCACAAUCAGAUCCCCUUCUUCGUUCUGGAGAAGUUGUACGACACUUCCGUUUACAGCAAGUACCGCGAGCCGUUGCCCUUUCUCGCUAUGCGAUUCUUCAACAAGGUGUUGCGCCGGCCUCAGAAGGUUAUAGAUAGAUAUCGCAAUUUCAAAGAUAGCUGUUUGCAUUUGCUGGACUUGGUUCGGUCAAGUUUUAUCCCACCCGAACAAGAGCAGCCACGGAAGAAGGGCAGCGGACGGGACCUCCGUAUUAUUCCCUGCAUCUCGAAGCUCGUCCGUUCGGGAAUUAAGGUCAAUCCGGUCAAAGAGGACAGCUUCUUAUCGGUGAGAUUCAAGCGCGGAGUGAUUGAGAUGCCCGACAUAAGCGUCGACGAUUUCAUGAUCAGUUUGUUGAUUAACUGCGUCGUUUUCGAGGAGGAACGCAACAACACCACCAAGCACUUCAUGUCGUACGCUCAUUUCUUGAAUUGCCUUGUGAACAGUGACAAGGACGUCGAGUACCUUAGCGAACGCAGAGUACUCGACAAUUACGUUGGGUCCGACGGCGAUCUUGAGAAAUACGUCAGCCACUUGGGCAGGGCCUUGUUGUUUGGUUUUGAUCAGUUUUAUCUGUCCAAUUUGUUCAAUGGCGUGGAGGACUAUUAUAGGAAGGACUUCAAUUGGCAGUGGGCGAGCUUCAAGAGUACGUAUUUUAACACGCCAUGGACGUUCAUCUCAGCAAUGGCUGGCUUUGUGCUCCUAGUGCUCACGUUUUUGCAGACCUUCUACACCAUCUAUGCCUAUGUGCAUCCUAAAACCUAAACUCUCCCCUUCGCUCCACCUCCCACUGCACUCGGUACAAGUUCUUGUAGUGAUCUGUUAGGCAAAUUUCAACUUGUUGUAAACAGGCCGCCAUUGCCAAGGGGUUAGCUCAGCGCACGCAGGGCAAACAUGAAGUGAAACUGGAUAUGCUGCAAGAAGAUGCCAAAUUCGUGGAUGCAUAUGCUAUUUGUGUUUUGAUUUUCUCUACAAAUUCUCGUCAUUAAGUUAUGACAAGUCAAAAGGCUGACCAUGGUGAAACGCAAGAAGCCGGAUCCCCCAAUGGUCAAAGAGGUCCCGAAGAGUCCUGAGCGCUUAGCGGAGCCAUCUUUGGAAGAAAGGCUAGAAGCGGCUGACCAAUUCAUCUGUGAAGUGCUUAAGUUGUUUGAGGACCUGCAGAAAAUUAUCAAUCAGGACAAGGCAAAAUAGAGAAGGCCUUAUAUAAUUUUUUUUUUAGAAGAAACAUGGAAAUUUCUUAAGAAGGAAAAGGGCUAUAGAUUUUUUUGCCCUCUUGUAUUUUGGAUGUUUAAAUAAUGAAGUUGUUUUGGGAUAUUUAAUGGUACCAUGAAAUGAUUUUGGUAAGUU